ACCCAGCUGAUCAGAGCUGUGGUAUUCUGCCACAGAGGCAGGGAGAGAGGCUGCGUGACUGGAGAAAAGAAAAGAGAAGAUAAAAGGAAGCAGUUAAAGUCUUUGUGAUUUUAACACGGAGAAUAUACAAAGAGAAGAGCUGAAGAGAAAUGUCUUCUUCCCUUCAUGGGAAACUGGGAACUCGUAUGAAGAGAGAGGCUCUGUGGAAAGAUGUGAGAGCCGUUUGCAGGGUGGAAAUCUGAAGAAGAAGCACAGAAAAGGAUCAGUCAGUCAGGCUCUGGAAACCAGUCCAGUGAAUCCUUGAGUCAAAAAGAGGGCUGAAGAACCCCCCUUUAAAAGAGGAGGGAUGUCUUGGCUGUCACCCGUGUCAUGGGCCAAAUGGACGUGGACGGCGGUGCGAGGGGGAGAGGAGGAUGAAGAGGGGCAGGAGGCCAGCGAGGAGAGGGAACAGCAUGUAGAGAGAGGAGAGGAAGAGGAGGAGGAGGAGAGAUCUCAAGGCUUCAGCUCUGACUCAGACGGUCAUUUUGACACUCCUGAAGCAGCAACUCCUGUCCGCGCCCCUCCAACGUUCCCAGGAGAGCUGGAGAACAACGACACUGAUGCGGAAAAAACAGAUGUGUAUCAGGAGGAGCAGCUGAUAGUGACGGUUCCUGUUUGGGAUCAGGAUAUUUUGCUCAGCAACAACAUGGGUCAGGAUGAGCCUGCAGUCCCUGUGGGUGGCCCACUGGAAGUAAACAUACAGACCCUGGAAACAGGGCAGACAGAGAGUCUUCCAGAAGCCUUGGGCUCUGUGGCUGGCCCGGCUCCAUCCUCAGUGAGGGAAACGCCUGAAGUGGUUGAAUGCACAACACCACCCUGUGAGCCACCCCAAGCCCCAGUCCCCGCCCUAGUUACAGAUCCUGUCCUGGAUGUGGCUCCUGCUCCAGCCCUCACUCCUGCUCCAACUCUAGCUCCCAAUCCAGCUCUAGCUCCCGAUCCAGCCCUAGCUCCUGCUCCAACUCUAACUCCUGCUCCAACUCUAACUCCUGCUCCAGCCCUAGCUCCUGCUCCAGCCCUAGCUCCCGAUCCAGCCCUAGCUCCUGUUCCAGCCCUAGCUCCUGUUCCAGCCCUAGCUCCCGAUCCAGCCCUAGCUCCUGUUCCAGCCCUAGCUCUUGAUCCAGCUCCAGCUCCUGUCCCUGUUCCUGUUCCAACCCCAGAACCAGACUCAGUCCAGAGCAGGGAAACUGUAGCCAGCCCAGCUCCAGAGCCCCCUGAGCAGAAACCUCUUGCUGAACCAGAACCACAGUGCAAUGGCCUCAAACAGACAGAGCCUACUCCAAAGCUUAAAACCAGCAAAUCUAAGCCGCCAUCCCUUAAGGUGAAGGCUUCACUGGAUGAGCUGGCACAAACAAAUGAGGAGCAGGAACUUCCUGUUCCUAAGGCCACUUACAAAUUCGACCCUGACCAGCUGGAUGACAGCUUUAACCCCUUCGUCUGCGGCGGAUCCAAAAUCCCAAACUCUCCACCACCAUUUGGCUCAAGCUCCUUACCCAGACUAGAGCCACUCGGUAGCUCUUUUCCCACCUGUGAGGCAGACAGCUCAGCCGCUCCAGCAGAGGUGGAAAUAACUGAGCCAGCAUCAGAGGCAAAGCCUGUGAUGCUGGAGUUCGGUCUGGAAGAGGGGACAGUCACCAAGCCACCUCCAAGGAAAUUAGGUGGUAGAAAGACAGUCAGCAAACUUGCAGCUAGGAAGCAGAAGGCCAAAGGAUCAGGGCCUUCCUGCAAACCAGCACCAGAACCCACAGAAACAGAUUCUCAACCAGUAUCAGAACCUGUUUCUCAACCAGCAUCAGAAUCUAAAUGUCAACCAGCAUCAGAACUUGUUUCAGAUCCUCUUCCAGAACCUGCUUUGCCAGUUUCAGACUCUACUGCACCUCUGAACGUGGACGAUAUUCCUAUCCCUAAAAAGGGAACAUAUAACUUUGAUCCCAGUCAGUGGGACGACCCGAACUUUAAUCCGUUUGGUGGCAACAGCAACGUGAGCAGCUCUCCAACGCUCCCCAAAGGCUCCUAUAGUUUUGAUCCAGACAACUUUGACGACUCUGUGGACCCUUUUAAACCCUCUAAAACAGCAAGCAGCGAGGACUCGUCCAUUAGUGCCCCUAAGCCAGAGAGAAAAGUAAAAGAUGGAGGCAAACAGAAAGCAGGGCAACCGGCGGAGGAGAAGAAAGUAAAGCAGAUUCCCAAAAAAAGCAAAGAGAGGACCAUCACCCCCAGGACAUCUGAACAAGUCAAGUUUCUCUGUUUUCUGUUGAAUUCCUGUAAAGUUCAGACGUACGAUGAGAGCCAGUCCUUGGUGCUUGACGUGUGUGAUCAGGAGGUGGAGGAGGUGGUGGCUCAGACUCCAGAGAUCACUCAGAGAGUUCAUCACGCCACUGACGAGGAGAAGCUCGCCUCCACUGGCAUUAUGGGACAGACAGCAGACAGUGUGGAGGAGCGAGGAGAACCUGAAGGCAUCAAUGCAUCUGUGAAAAAACAGCCUAUCAAGGAGAUAUCUGUCAUGGACGGUCCUGAGAGUAAGAUUGCAGAUCAGCCAGAAGAGAAGGACACCUGCAGUCUGAAAGCUGAUAUAAGUGAGAUAUCCAUGAACCAGACAACAAAGCUGUACAGCAGUGAAGACCCAGUCACAGCAGCCCUGUCCCAGGGUAACAUCCCUCUGAGUGAGAUGGACAAGGCCGCAGUGCUCACCCUGAUCAGAGAGGAGAUCAUCACUAAAGAGAUCGAGGUCAAUGAGUGGAAGAGGAAGUAUGAGGAGAGUAGGGCUGAGGUUAUGGAGAUGAGGAAAAUUGUUGCAGAGUAUGAGAAAACAGUUGCACAGAUGAUUGAGGACGAGCAGCAGCAGAAGACCCUGUCCUGCAGUAAGUCACUCAGACAGUUGACCGUGGAAAGAGAUCAGGCCAUGGCCGACCUCAACUCUGUGGAGCGCUCCUUCGCAGACCUCUUCAGGCGGUAUGAGAACAUGAAGGGAGUCCUGGAGGGCUUCAAGAAGAAUGAGGAGGUGCUGAAGAAGUGCGCACAGGACUACCUGAUGCGGAUCAAGCAGGAGGAGCAGCGAUACCAAACCCUCAAGGUGCAUGCUGAGGAGAAACUGGACAAGGCUAAUGAGGAGAUAGCCCAGGUACGUGCCAAGGCCAACUCUGAGGGUGUCGCACUAAACGCCAGCCUGAGGAAAGAGCAGAUGAAGGUGGAGUCACUUGAAAGAGCUGUCCUUCAAAAGAAUCAAGAGAUCGAGGAGCUCACUAAGAUCUGCGAUGAACUGAUUGCCAAACUGGGAACAGAAUAAGAGGCCUUUAAUCAAACUCUCUGCAACAUUGCUGUAAAUACUGUACAUGAUCACACACAUGAGCACACAUCACCCUUUUCUUUCUCUCUGCUCAUUUGUUUUUCAAAAAUGCAUUUAAACGGUUGCUCUUUUCAGACGGAAAUUUGAAACCAGAGCACUAAUUGUUCAUAGUGAUAAUCAUGUCAUAGCUGGUGAAGAAGCACAAAGUUAUCUUGAGGUGUAUUUUAAUUAUUUUGAAGGAGAUUUAUUGAGGCGUGGUUCAGGAUUCACAGUAAAGGCUCAUCUUAUUGUUCAAAGAUUUUGUUAACUGUUGAUCCUUUUUUUUGAUAAAUGGAAACCUAUUUCUGCUAAUGUGAUGAUUUUUUUUCUUUUACUGGCAGAAAUGGGCUUCCAUGUUGAAAUGUGUUCUAUAACAAAGAAUUUCCAUAACUGCUUUAUACAGCAUGUUUAACACAAAACUGUAGGAAAUAACGAUGGAAUUAAGGGAAGGACGAUGCGGGUUUAAAGCACAGACAUCUUUUAGCACAGUGUGUCUACACUAUAAAUAAUAAUAUAACAGUGUUGAUGAUACAGUCUUCAGAAAGGACAAAUCUCUAUUGAGUGCCUAACAUGAUUGCAGUGUAUGAGUUUCCUGGACUAUAGAUUUUUCUCGCUGCCAUUUCUUUUCUGAUACGGUUUCGUCCUUCAUCAGCAAAUAAACUUUAAGUAACAUUACUUAUAAACUACACUGUAAAAAAUGUUUGUAGAAAUUACAGUAAAAAACUGUCAAAUUACAUCAGAAAUGGGGUGUAAAAUUAAAAAAUUGUGUAUCACCGUAGUAGACACUUUUAAUUACUGUAGAUCAAAGAAUAGCACAAAACUUUUACUUUUACUCUCAUAAACUGUAGGAAACACAGUUUGGCUGUAAAAUAUAAAGUUUUCAUGUAAAGUUAAUGGAGAAAUUACAAUUACACAAUUACUCUAAAAAUAAUGGGACUAUUCAGUCUAAAUGACAGUUUUUGCUGAUAUUUACAUUUAAAUUUACAGUCGAAAAUCCACUCACUGUAUUUUUUACGGUGAAGUUCUGGCAACCACAGCUGCCGGUAUUUUACCGUAAAUUAAACAGAUUAUUUUUUACAGUGUAUUUCUUAAGUUGCCUUUGAGCUUGAUGAGUUUGUUGGUCUGCUUCACACAAUAACAUAUACAAUGUGUGAUGAUGAAGUCCUCAGUUAUGCAGAGUUUGUACUUAAACCACAGACUUUUGACAUUAUUAUUAUUCCUACCAUAGAUCUCUGGGAUUGUUCCCAUAAGAAGAGCACUUAAGAGACUUGAAAUUCUGUUCUAUAAUCUCUAAUGCAUUUGAUAGUUUGACGGUAAUGGGUGGAAAUUAAAUUUAAGUUUGGAACUUAAGUAGUAAAAACUUUGCUCUUAUCAUACUGUAAUAUUACAUUACAUUACAUGUCAUUUAGCAGACGCUUUUAAACCAUGUGUCAUGUUUAAUUUCAUAUCCAGUCAUUGCCAUGUAGAUAUUUUUGGAUUAUAUUCAUAUUAUGUGUAAGCCCAAAUGUUGCUGGUGUGCCUUUAUUUUGUCUAUAUUGUAAAGAAAAAAAAGUUUUCUUAGCUCCUUCAUGCAGUUGUUUCCAAACUCCUUUGCCAAAGUGAACUGUAUACAGCUUUUAUGAUUGAGACAUACUGAACCACAGUGAGUUGUAAUGAGGUUGCAGUUAAGGUGAACGUCUGUGUUUUUUGGUGAGUUUAUUAUAUUAUAAUAUCUCCAUUGCUAACAUCAGCAUUUUCUGGUCUGACUGAACCUGAAGGAGCGCACAAGCAGUUUUGUCCAGAUGUGUUUCAGAUCUAAGGGACAGACUCCUCUAUGGACGCCUUGUUCCACAUCAGCACAAUCAGUUGCCAAAUGUCCUUGUAAAAUGAGUUUCAGUGUGACUCUGUGUCCAAUUGUUGUGGUGUUACAUGAGUCUGAAGGUGCUUUUCGAUGCAAAUCCAUUGUUACAGUACAAUAUGUGUAAAUUUUAUACUUUAUGAAAAGAAUAUUGUUGCUAAUAUUUGUACAAUUCAAGAGUUCAGUAUAUCCAGAUUGUAUGUUAACUGCUAUAUUUUGUGCAUUCCUGAAUAAAUGGUAAAGAUUU